UUAAUGUUCGGGAGGCUGCUGCGUUUGACAUCGCGCGGGGAAACCUUGGCCAGGGGAAAAUCAACCAGGAGCUAGAAUCCCCCCAAAUCUCUGAAGGUUGGCUGGAGAGCCAGCUGUAUAGUUUUGAGUUUCCACAGCCACGUACUACACCUCCGUGACCACCCUGGACAGUAACAAAAACAAAUAAAAAUCCGAGCCCAAACUCUGCCACCAUCAUAGGUCUAAAUGCCUGUAAUUACUCUGGAAUCAGUAAGCCAUGGCAUCAAAGAAAUUUGCUGUUAAAUGUGGGAAUUUUGCUGUCCUGGUGGAUCUUCAUAUAUUGCCGCAAGGUUCAAGCAAAGACACCAGCUGGUUUUCUGAACAGAAGAAAGAGGAGGUCUGUUUACUGUUAAAAGAAACCAUUGAUUCAAGAGUUAAAGAGUACUUAGAAGUUCGUAAACAGCACAAGCCGUCAAAUACAGAAUUCACAAGAUCCAGCCCUUUGUCCUUAAAAGGUUAUGGCUUUCAUAUAACAGCUUAUUUCCUCCGGAGAGGGAUCCGCCUUUACUGCUCUGGGGGCUCCCAGAGUUCUGCGCUUCGUGUGUUUCCUGACAGAUUUGUGGUCUGUGUAAGUCAGCUAGCAUUCAGUCACGAUCUUUUGGCAAGUCAAGACAAAGAAUUGUGUGAUGAGAAUUGAAACAAAAAGCAGCACUGUGAGCAAAUCAUGGAACAGCAAGAAUGUUGUGGGAACAUCUAGUGAGUCAGAGAUUGCGGAGAUAGCGAGGAGGAGGGGUGACGGCCAGGCUUCAUCCAGCCCUCCAGCCGAGGCCACGGGACAGGCGAAGGAUUACAUAAAGGCAGCUGAGAACCACUGGGGGCUUCCUGUUCAAAAGCUGGAAAAUGUUCAUCAGAUCCAGCCAGAAGACUCUCGCAGCCAGCAAAAACCUCAUCCUGGGGAGCGGUUACAGACAGGACUUCUAAGUGGGAGCCUGUCUGUAGCUGUGAGUCAGCAUCAGCAGGUCCAAAACAAAGUCCGCGAGAGGCCAGAGCACAAGGGGCACGCAGGCGCUGGGGCGCUCUGCGGAAGGCUGCGACCACCACAACAGAGUUGCUCUUGGAAGUGAUGGAUGAGUCCCCAGAGACAUAAUAGUGGAAAAAAAGCAAAGCUGUCAGGGUGUUGCCAACUCUGAGCUGUCAGAUCCGGGGUUACUUUUGAAACAAGAUUUGGCAAAAACCUCGUCUAAAGAAGAGUUUCGUGUUUUGGAAAAUCUCUCCUCCAGACAACUUAUGAAAAAUAAGCCAGGGCAGGCACAACACACUGGCUCAGGAGCAAACACUA